GAAAUGAAAACGUUGCACGUCUUUUGAGCAGAUCAAGAUUUCUCAUUGCGUUUUUUUCUGUAAUCCCGCAGCCUCUGAGAGCCCGCGAGUAAUGAAGAAUUCCUCGGUGCAUAAAUCCACCUACAAUGCAACAGCCUUGCCCGGCGCAUUCCCGCUGCGUGUAUUUUCCUGCGCGGUGCGUGUGUGCAUAAUGAGGGAUAACUUUCAGCCGUUUACCAAUCCACUGCCGCUGGAUUAAGGCACCCCCCCCAACCCACACGCCGUGUCGGUUACGCGGGGGUUGCUCGACCAUACUUCACCACGCAGGUCAGCGCGGGUUGCUAAAAUUCAGGGGGGCGUAGAUGUGGCAGGAUAGAAUCGCGGUACGGUACAACAAUGGAUAUUCCUUGCAUUGCUAUCCACCGUGGAGCCCCACAGCUGCCUGUGGCAACCUGUGCUGUGCUUGGCAGUUACCCAUCCAAGCGCUAUCCAGGCUCAACCCCCUCUUAGCUUCCGAGAUCUGACGAGAAUUACUUGGUCAUAGGCGAUAUGAAAUUGCACCGCAGUGGAAAGCUUAUAACCCCAAGCCUAGGCGCGUAUCCAUACACUAAUAGUUUAGUUUCGAUGCUGUCUUCCUAUAAUCAAUGAGUAGAAGUAGCGUAGCUAUCGAAUGUGCAGGCGGUGUAACUGCACAGUGCCCACACCACGCCGCUGACUAGCAGGCCCUUUAAUUUGAAGCUAAACUUUGCGUUGAACUUCAUCUGGGGCAGUGACCCUGCCCGGCGAUCCUGGAGCGCAACACUCGACCUUGAUCAGCCGAAUGACCCAUCGGGCAUUCAGUCUCGCUAGAGUGGCUCACCUCCCGUUUUACAGUCCCGAGCCAGUGGUGGAAAUUCGGCAUGCCUAUGGCGGCGGCGAGUUUAUCCACGGCUACAAUUGGCAUUGGCCUCCCGACCAAAGGUCCACCGAUUUUGUCGACCCCAGAGGGAUAAGUGGACUGAGUCAACCCCUUCCGCCGCCCAACCUUGAUUUGAAGCCACGGUAUUUCGCUCGGCAGCCCGCUCACCCCCAUUGCUCAUUUCGCGCUCGGCCUCAAAUGAGUACCUGGUACGGUGUUUCAACGUCUGCACUGGAGGCGACAAAAGGCGACCUGCCGGGCUUGGCGAUCGCACGCUGCAACGCCGUCAUCUUGCGAUCGCACCGUUCACGAGCAACGCGACGGGGCACGGUCCGCUGCGAACCACCGACACCGCCCAUCCGACGAACACUUUCGACGCUCGAUAUCGUGGACAAUCGCGAGGGCACCGUCCCGGAAGCCGAUGACGCGCCCGUCACGAAUGUCGCCGCUUCUGCCGCCGAAGGUGACGAGUCUGCCACCGACGAAGAGCCACCUGCCGCAGAGGAUGCCGCUCCCGCCGCUGAUGCCGACGCGCUCGACAUGGACGCGAGGGAGUGCUUCUCCCGGCUAGUCGCGAUGAAGUUGGAUUCCAAAGUAUUUUUGAAGUCCUCGAGCUCAUCGAAAGUGCUGCUCAACUGGUGCACACGAGCGUUCAGUGUCACAGCGCAAUCGUCCUCGCUGUGUUUCGACAUCGCAGAGUAGCACUGAUUUCGGAUUAAUUGGUA